CCGGUGUGUUUCCUGGACGGAACUUUAUAUAUACAGUCUAUGGACGGAACAUGGCGAGAGGAGAAUCAGACGCUGUCGCUGAAACCUGUGUUUUCUGUUUAAUCGCCAACGAUCAGGACAGAGAAACUGAAAUUAUCUCAGAGAACAAGUGGAUGGUGUGUUUCAGGGACAUUUACCCUGCUGCUCCUCACCACUACCUGGUUGUCCCCAGACAGCACAUACACAGCUACAUGUCACUGGACAGCAGGCACAUCGGCUUCAUUGAGAGGAUGGCUGAAAUGGGGAGAAAUGUACUUCGAGACCAAGGGAUCACUGAUAUGACGGACACAAGGAAGAAGAUCUAUGCAAAGAGCUACAGAAACAUUCUUCACCACUGCGCAGGGCUGAAAGGCAUUUAAAGAUGAUUAAAGAUUUAUUUUUAAAUUA